GUAUAUUAGAAAAGCGCUCUCCACAAUCAAGAAUCUUGUCAUCGCACCACAGAUAUAACCUAUUUCCAAGUCUCUAGGAUUUCAUUCAAAGCUGCCCAGAAGCUAGGUAUACAUAAUAUCUCGCCUAGUGAAGAACCUGAUUAUCCUUGACGUGAGGACAAUGAUGAACGGCCAACUUUUCCCUAACUCCCCCUCUCCACCCUCAAGCACAUCUCCAGCAUGUGGCGGUAGAGGAUUCGACGUGAUACUUGGCACCGCAUCAGGCGACAUGCUGCAUGAAUCAGUCAAACUUGAUGCUCCAUUGGGAACGUAUAUCGAUGUAGGAAGGGUUGAUGCCCAGAACUCCAUGUCGAUCGGUCUAGAGCCUUUUCAGAAAUGUGCGACCUUUACGUCCUUUGGUAUAAAAGAUGUUGUCGAUGCUGAUCCGGAAAUAGUUCGAGGCCUCUCAAAAUCAGUAGAUUCCUAUUAUCUAAAGGGUCUCAUCAGUCCUGUCCUACCUAUGACAGCUUCGGAUAUCUCAGCCCUCGACCAAACUCUGCUUGGGUUCUCCAAAUGCACUCAUAUUGGGAAACUAGUUAUCACCUUCCAACAACCAGGCGCGCUUAUUAGAAGAGUGCCGGCCGUCCCUAGGGUUGUUUUCAACAACAAUGCUUGCUACUUGGUCACUGGAGGGCAUGGGAGGCCUUGGUAGAAGCAUAGUUCGAUGGAUGGCAGAACGUGGUGCCCGCCAAUUCCUCAUCCUCUCGAGGAGCGGAAUCAGCACACCCCAAGCGCGGCGGUUAGUAUGUGAACUGGAGCUUAUGGGAGUCACAGUUCAUGCUGCCAAAUGUGAUAUCAGUGUUGCCGAGGAAGUAUCGUCAAUUGUGGCAAAGUACUCACAAAAGCUCACCAUCAAAGGCGUCGUUCACGCUGCUGUCUCUCUCCAAGACCUGUCUUUCGACAAACUCACAGUGGAGCAAUGGAGAGCAGGCCUAGCAGCUAAGGUUCAAGGAGCCAUCAAUCUGCAUGAAAGUACCAAAGCUCUGUCACUUGACUGUUUCGUCAUAAUCACAUCACUGGUAUCUGUGUUGGCGCUCGCUACCCAGAGCGCUUAUACAGCAGCCAGCAACUUCCAGGAAAUGUCUGCCCGUUAUCGACGGAGACUUGGCUUAAAGGCCUCUACUAUAUCCUGUGGAUUGGUCACAAAUGUAGGACAGUUCAGUACUGACGACACGGCGCGGGCACUCAUGGCUCGUAACAGGGUUCUCGGCAUGGCGGAGUACGAGUUCUUGCGGCUGCUGGAGCUAGCCUUCAUCAAUGACUGUUUUGGCUCUGCUGACGAUGAGGCAGAAGGAAGCUUGGUACGGUGUUCAGGACGACCCUCUCUCAGGUGCUGGUAUCAUCACUUGUCUCGAUCCGCAUGGUAUGGCUGAUGAAAGACGAGAGGCAGGAUAUGCCAGACAGGGUGGUGUUGCAGACCCUAUUCCGCGCUGGUACAGCGAUCCGCGAGUGGUUCAAAUAAUGUGCGCUGUCAGUGACGCCGAGAGGCAUCAGGAGGACAGUAAUUUGAAUGAACGUACGGGAAGACAUGAGGAUAUGCAACUUAAUUCUAGUUUUGGCGAGUUAACCGCAAAGGGCCCGGAGAAUCGCAUCGGCAUUGAAACUAUGGUCACCAAC